AUGAAACAACUACUCAAGCAUAAACCAAACACACGCAUUCUUGCUACCACACCCAGCAACUCUGCUGCUGACAUCAUUGCAUCCCAGCUGGCAUCCACCCUCGGACCCGACGAACUUUUCAGACUUUACGCACCCUCAAGACACUUCGACCAAGUUCCAGAUGAGUUGCAGCGCUACACACUCACAAAGAGACUGGAAGGGGAAGACAAGAGCUGCUUCUCUGUCCCGCCCAUCCCCAUCCUCAAGCGCUUCAAAGUUUUUGUGUGCACACGCAUCUCUGCAUCUAUCCUGUACAGUAUUGGCAUCCCCCACGGACAUUUCAUGCAUAUUUUCGUUGAUGAAGCUGGGCAAGUGACUGAACCUGAAGUGAUGAUCGGCAUUAAAAUGAUGGCUGACAAUGCCACGAACAUCGUCUUGGCAGGAGAUCCAAAGCAGUUAGGACCUAUCAUCCGUUCUAACAUUGCGAGGGAGCUUGGGCUGGAGCAGAGCUACCUCGAACAUCUCAGAUGCCGAUGGAUGCAUACAAAGCUCAAACGUCGUCAAGCUUGUGAAGAAUUUCCGGUCGCAUCCCGCAAUUCUGAAGUUUCCCAACGAGUGAUUCUACGCUGGAAGAAGCUGCCUUCAAAGAAAUUUUCCAUUAUCUUCCACUCGAUAUCCGGGAAUGAUGAUCGCGAGGCUUCGUCACCCUUGUGUUUCAACAUUGAUGAGGUUACUCAAGUUCACAAACAUUCACUCCUCCGAGAUGAUCGACAGAUCAGAGUGGCUCACAGUGAGAUUGGCGUGAUCGCUCCCUAUCAAGCUCAAUGUGUCAAGAUUCGCAAGAUGCUCAGUGGCAUGGCUGACGAGGUCAAAGUCGGCAGUGAACGACGAGUCAUCAUCAUAUCAACGGUCAGGAGUAGCCGAGAAUUCAUUGAGUUUGAUCUCAAAUACACCCUUGGCUUCGUUGCGAAACCGAGGCGCUUCAAUGUUGCUGUAACUCGAGCACAGGCUCUGCUGAUUGUGGUCGGAGACCCAAACGUCUUAUCCCUAGAUCCCCUCUGGUGAUCGUUCCUGAACUAUGUACACUUGAACGGUGGGUGGGCUGGUCCUGGACCGACAUGGGACACAACAGAAACAGUAUAUGAGAGUGGCGAAUACGAUCAACACAUUCGAGCGGCUGCAAUGACGAAUAUGAAUUUUCUUACUCGGAGGAUUGAGGAGGUCGUGGCAGAGAAUGUGCAGACUGGCACGGACAACGAAGAUGAUGCAAAACUUUGACAGGCCGUGGAGGGAGCUGGAGUAGGCUUUCGUACUGUGGUUGUUAUGUUCAAUAUUCCUUGUAAUUUUAUAUGUAAUACUCUGUUUCUUCGUGUG